AGCUCGUAACAUCCAGUCAUUGUUUAUUCCAAAAUGACGGAAAACAGCGCGUCACCGGAGGAUCCCUGGUUCAAACAGACGGACGGCGCCUUCAGCGACAACGGCUUCGAUCACAGUUUCUUUGCCGAGAAUGCGCGCAAAGGAAGUUUAGUGUCAAGAGCCAACAGCAUCGGAUCCACAAGUGCCUCUUCUGUACCAAACACAGAUGAUGAAGACAGUGAUAACAGACAUGAGACGCCCUAUAAGGAGUCGUAUAAAGACCGGAGGAGACAGGCACACACACAGGCAGAGCAGAAACGCAGAGAUGCCAUCAAGAAAGGCUAUGAUGACCUGCAGUCUAUAGUGCCUACAUGCCAGCAGCAGUCUGACUUUGCCAUGGCCACACAGAAGAUGAGUAAAGCUACAGUCCUGCAGAAGACAAUCGACUACAUUCAGUUUCUCCACAAAGAAAAGAAGAAGCAGGAAGAGGAUGUUUCCACACUUAGGAAGGAGGUGAUGGCGCUGAAAAUUAUGAAAACGAACUAUGAGCACAUUGUGAAGGCCCAUCAGAAUAACCCUCAGCAGGGCAGCGAGCAGGUUUCAGAUCAGGUGAAGUUCAGUGUGUUUCAGAGCAUCAUGGACUCUCUGUUCCAGUCCUUCAGUGCCUCAGUGUCGGUCAACAGCUUUCAGGAGCUCUCUGCCUGCGUCUUCAGCUGGAUCGAGGAACACUGCAAGCCCCAGACGCUGAGAGAAUUUAUGGUGACCGUGCUGCAGCAAGUGAAUGGUCAGCUGUACUGAAGCUGUCAAUCUGUAUGUUUGUCUGUCUCUCAGGCUGAUAUCUCAUUCAAGAACAGUCUCUCUUUCACACACACACACACACACACACUAUGCAGCAGGGUAUCAGCACACUAAUGGACUGGGGUGCAUUCAAGAACUCUAAAGAGAUGAAGUAGUGCUUGCUCAAGUAUUGACUGACAGUGUUUAUGGCAGUGAUUCCAAUCAACAAAUGUGGAAAUGCAGUAAUUUAUUCCGAUCAGUCAUUGUAUUACUAAUAAUUUGGAAGGUAAUAAUCUGACCUAAGAUUGUUUCCUCACACGCCUUCAGCUGGUUUAGAAAUUAAAGAAGGUGUAAGUUCUGUUUAGUUGAUGUUGUCGAACACACCUCAGUCCUGAAGUUUAAUCAUUUCUGUUUAGUCUAAAACCAGAAGAGUUUCAUCAGUAUUCAUAUUUUCAAAAGUUUGCAGUUGUGAUGCUAAGAUAAAAUAGCAUCCUGACAACCACAGAUAUGAGGAAUACUCAGCUGUAAGACAACUUCACACCCCAUAUACUGAGGUGAGAGAUAUGUCUCAAUUUACUGCAUUAUAAACCAGACAGCUGCCUUUGAAUGAUUAAGCUUGGUGUGUUGCAUUCAGUUAUCAUCUUUACCUCAUGUUCAAAUUAUUUUCCAAAGCACAACUACAUUUUCACCUUUACAAACAGCCUAGUGCUGGAAAGGGGAGCCGAGAGGUCUGGUUACACUGUGAUGCAUCACUGUCAGUUGGUUUUUAUACGUCCAAAAACAGCUGUCUGGCAUGCUUUAAUAUAAUUAAAGUUAGGCAAUGCUGAGCCAUCUUAGUUCCUCUUUGUCCUUUGGAUGCUGUGACCAAAGAUUGCAGUGUCUACGCACAAAUAAUGGAAGAUAAACCUCUUUUUUGUCAUGUUAUGUCAGUUUUUGUUCAGCUUUGUGUAACGCAAUAAUGUUUUAUUCUACAUUUAUGAUAUUGGUUUAAGCUCUUGUGAUCAGUAUGUUUUGUGCUGCAUAAGCUAUCAAUGAAGACACAGUCGCAUCCGUGCGUGGUAGCAGCUUCACAUGGUGUGACCGCCCAAUUCUAUUUAUA